CUCGUCUCCAGUUGCGUCGUCCGUCGUUGCGCCGGUUUUUGUGUGCUCAUGUUUUCCGGCGAGUGCCGAAACCGAAACCGGAGCCGCGCCACACGCUGAAUAUCGCCGCGCUAUGUCGCCCAACCAUGGCUGACUUCGCCGAGACACAGCACUAGACUUGUAUGGUGCACUCUUUGGGACCACCUGCACAAUUUCUGCACCCAGACAAUAAGCCCACUAAGCCCCGACACAUGUGGCAGGACAUCGAGAGCGUGCUGUCGGGCGGCGAGCCGGAGCACCAGCGCGGCGUGCCGACGGGCCCGACUCCCGGCUACCACCACCACCAGUACCCGAUGGCCGAAAAGUACAUGUCGUACGCCGACUACUCGGCCGGCUACCACCCGCACUUCGGCGAGCAGCCGCUGCACCCGGCGCAGCAGCCGUCGCACCAGCCACACCAGCCGCACCAGCCGCCGCAGGCGCAGGUGGUGCACGUGAAGCACGAGCCGGAGGAGCAGUGUCGCGGCAACUACGACCCGUACGCCGGCUACCAGCCGCAACCCGGCGGCUACUACCCGGCGGCCGGCGGCCAGGACUACAACGGCACCAUGACCAUCCAGCUGCACUCGCCGCCGUCCAGCCCGGACACGCACGCCCACCUGCGGGCGGGCGGCGCAGCCGCCUACCCCCCGGAAGCAGCGCCGAUGCAGUGGCCGAACGCUGGUGGCGGUGCGCACCGCUUGGCGGCGCACUACUCGCCCGGUCUGCGCGCCAUGACGCCGCCGGCGUCGCCCCACCUGGCCAACCUGCUGCACCACCGCCACCCUCCCCACCCGCACCCCCACCAGCAGCAGGCCCUGGCGUACCUCCCCUGCGCCGCCGCCGCUGGCGUGCCGGUGGCCGGCGCCGACUCGGCGGCGGCGCCGCCGGCCAAGCCGAAGCGCGGCCGCCGCCGCUGGGGCCGCAAGAAGGUGACGACGCACACGUGCACGUACGCCGGCUGCGCCAAGACGUACACCAAGUCGUCGCACCUGAAGGCCCACCUCAGGACGCACACCGGCGAGAAGCCGUACCUCUGCUCGUGGAAGGGUUGCGGCUGGAAGUUCGCCAGGUCGGACGAGCUGACCAGGCACUACCGAAAACACACCGGCGACCGACCCUUCCAGUGCAGACUCUGCGAACGCGCCUUCUCCAGGUCGGACCACCUGGCGCUCCACAUGAAGAGACACAUCGCCGUCUGACCCAGAUCUCACGCGUGCGUGCGUGUGUCUGUGUGUGUGUAUGUGUGCAGUGACUGUCGAAUCAGGGUUUGCCCAACGGACAAAUAAUCGCUGCGCUACUUUGUUUUUACCAAAUAUAUAUAUACACACGUUAACUGCUGGAUUUUUAGUUUAUUUAUUUUUUGUGACUCCAGAAGAAUAUAGAGUGCAUUUCCUUUAUCAUUUCUGGUAAUAAUUUUCAUAAUUUUUUUUUUUUGAAUCUGUGCGAGAACAAAAUACAAACACAAAACAGCUGGUGCUUUUUGGCUGGGAAAUGAAUUUUUGAUCAUCUCCCUUUCUGUACCAAUUUCGUAUUUAAUAGACGUAAUAAUAAAAAAUAAAUUAAUUGCAAAGUUUGUGCGCUAUUCAAAGUGGAAUGAUAGUGAAUAAAAUCAUUUUCCUGAGAUGAUUCCCGAAUAAAUUAACUAAAUUUUGGGUAUUUUGAUUUUUCCCAAAAAAAUUUACAGGUUCUCUAACGGCCAGUUGAAAUUUUCAGACGGAUUUUGUGCGAAAAUGGUAAAUUUGAGAAAAAUUUGCUCAAGCGGAAAAAAACUGGAAAUUUAAUCCACUUUCUGAAUUUAGGCAGUUUUUGACGCUAUUAUCAACUGCUGAAUUUUAAUCAGGCCAAACACACACCCCUUUCGAAAAUCUACAAUUUUUGAAAAAAUAAAAAAUAACUUUCAAGACUCAAAAUUACUAUUUUUUUAUCUUCUCACUUUUAAAUUUUAAUAAUUUUUCUCAGCCCGGAAGCUAUUAUUUUCCUUAUUUGCUCCAAAAAGAGGGCGUAACCAGUAAAAUUUAAAAAAAUAGGGCACUUUUGGUCUGAACUAUUUGAAAAAAUUGGUCAGUUAUGUUUUUUUCUUGUAAUUUUUUUAUUUUUAAAUAAAAAAUCUCCAUCAUUCCAUUUUUAAAUGGCUGAGCACUGUCUUGUACAUCCUAUUUUUUUAUGUUUAAAAAAUUGGCUCCAAAACCAUUGACAAUAAAUCCAGAAAAUGGUGAAUUCACAUUAAUUUGCUGUGGCUUUUCGAGCCAUUUUAAAAUUGAAAAAGGUCAUGCACUCAUUUUAAAAGUAUGUAUAUUUUGUCUAAAGAAUUGAAUGCCAGCGGUCAGACACUCGAGCUCUUUGUAUCUGUUUAAUUGACUUGCGUGCAAUAGCCAUUAUUAGUAAUUGUAUUUUUGAUAAUUCUCACUGCGGAAUAAUCGACACACGGUCAGUAUUUUGCAAACCCUGGUUUCCAACUUGCAAUGUGUGUUAUUCGGGGGGUGCUUUCUUUCACUUUUCCGCGAAAAGGAAAGAAGAGAAAGAAAGAAAGAAAGAAAAAAGCGGUUCGUUUUGCAUUCCUCUGUCUGUGAUAAAAAGCGCACCCUUCUCAGUGUAUGUUAAAUAUUGUAAUAAGACGAAAAAAAACGAACGAACGAACGCACACGCAGGCAGACACGAAUUGUGAAUUGUGCGCAUCUCGAGAGGAAGGAUGACUUGCUCUCUCUUCCAUCUAUUUAUUGCCCAUUAAUUUAUUUUCUGCAGCCAGCGCGUCUUUCUCUCUCUCUCUCUCUGUAUGUAAAGCGACUCUGUCUUUCCGCCGUUGUAAAUAAAUACGAGAAAGGAGGAGGAGGAGGAGGAGGAGGAGAGAAUAAAUAAAAGGCGCGAGCUAUGAUGAUA